AUGCAGUCCACAUUCAGUUUAGUGAUCCUCAGCUGUAUCUGUGUUGUACUAGCGGAUAAUAAAGUGUCAUUACCCUCCUACGUGACACCAUGUAACAUAUCUGACAAACAUUUAUCGCAAUGCGUGAAAGAGCAGAUUAUUGUUUGUCUCCCAAAGUUCACAAAGGGCAUUCCCGAAUUGAAAGUGCCGUCAUUAGAUCCGAUAAAGUUGGACGACAUCAAGAUCGGCGGAAAUGGCUUGGAUUUGACAUUCUUCGAGGCGUCUAUGGAAGGCAUCAGUGACAGCAAAGUUACAGAUUUCAAAAUAAACCUCGGCGAGGUCGAUGAAGAAUUCUCUUUGUCGUUCAAAAGCAACUUUACCUUAAAAGCAAAAUACGAAGUUGACGGCCGCAUCCUAAUCUUACCAAUUAAGGGUAAAGGGGAUGCUUUUGUAUAUGCACAGGGUGUCGAAGUGCAAAUCUCUAGUAAACUAACGCACUUCAAGAACAACAAAGGUGAACACUUGAAACUCGCCACACCCACCUACAAAUACGACAUUGAGCUAACUACAUUCGAUUUACAGAACCUUUUCAAUGGAAACAAGCAAUUAGCCGACACAACACUCCAAUUCGCUAACCAAAAUUGGAAACAAUUGAUGGACGAACUUGCCCCUCCAGCGAUCAAGCAAAUAGUCGUGACCGGAGUGAAAGCAAUCAACAAGUUCUUUGCGAGCGUCCCCAUAUCGCAAAUGAUUAUUGGCUACAAAGAAACACUGUAA